GAAGUUGGCGAACAACCUCCAGCGCUCAGCAACUCAGAGCAUGCGUAUUCUUCUUUUUCAAGAGAUGGCUCGGGUUGUAUGACUUCUAACAAGAAGAAUGUACGCAAAUUUUCGUUAGUUCCUCGACAGCUAAACUCUUCCGUGUGGACUUCGCCAUCAAACAAUUCAUCAUCAUGUUCACAGAAUGUUCCUCUCAUAACUCUGUCCUCUCAAACUGCUGCGAAACUCAAAGAUCUCAUCCUCGAGGGUGAUUCACUCGAAGUGUCGCUCGACGAAACGAUCCAUAUAGGAAGGAUUCUUCAGGCUAUCAAGGCUCCCUCAGAACCUCCUGUGAUGGCUCUUCUGUACUCCAAAGAUGAAGAACAGGAUUGUGAAUCCAAUGGAGAUUCCUUCAGCAAAAAGAAAAUGCAAGGCAAGAAGAGAAAGUUGGAUCCGCCAGGGGAUAAACAGACGCCAAGAGGUCCCAAAGGCAACAAGAACUCGAAAACGAUGAAAGGAAAUAAGAAACCAAGAAUGAUGGAGAAAUCGGAUGGGAAGAAAAGGCAAUCAAACAAUGAAGGUGAAAACCACGAAGAUUGUGCGGCCGAUCAAUGUCUGAAGCCUAGAGGUAAGGCAGUCAUUUGGGUGCAAUGUGAUGGAGGCUGUGAAAUGUGGUUCCAUUUGAGGUGUGUCGGAUUACAAGCAAGAGACGUCAAGGCCAACGAAGAUUAUAUUUGUCGACGAUGUGCUGUUAAAAACCCUCCUGCAGGCGAUGAUGACGUUGACAAGGAUGAGCAAAAUUAGGACAAAACUAACCGCCGCAUUAUCUCUUCACUCCUUGUUCACUCUGACGUGGUAUGAU